GACUUCCCUAGAGUUCGUCAUUUAUAUACGAGAGAAGCUGCCAAUAAGAAACUAAACCACUUACUUACUAGUCCCUAAAGACCAAUUUGUCUCUCUUAUGGAGGAUGGUAAGCUGCAGCCACUUCUGUCCUCCAGCGUCGAGGACCAAAACCAAAACCAUGAGCCGACACAGUCCCUCCCUGUAGCAGCAGACACUUCUACCGCCGCCAUCUUCGUCGCCGGUGUCCCUGAUAUCCUUCCUAUCGAGGGGCCUCGCGACUUUUUCAGAGAGUUCCUCAUCCAGUCAAAGAAGCUCUGGUACCUCGCCGGCCCCGCCAUCUUCACCAUCAUAUGCCGGUAUUCGCUCGGGGCCGUUACCCAAGUCUUCCUUGGCCAUGUCAGCACUCUCGCCCUCGCUGCUUUCGCCGUCGAAAACUCUGUUAUCGCCGGCUUCUCCUUCGGCAUCAUGCUUGGAAUGGGGAGCGCGCUCGAAACUCUAUGCGGGCAAGCGUACGGAGCUGGGCAGAUUGAUAUGCUAGGGAUCUACAUGCAAAGGUCGUGGUUGAUUCUCGUGUCCACGGCUUUGCUUCUAAGCCUUUUGUACAUAUUUGCCGGGCCACUCUUGAAACUAAUCGGCCAGACGGAAUCUAUAUCGGAAGCCGCGGGACUCCUCGCCAUUUGGAUGAUUCCGCAACUUUUCGCCUACGCGAUGAACUUCCCGAUUGCCAAGUUUCUGCAGGCGCAGAGCAAGAUCAUGGUUAUGGCCAUGAUAGCGUGCGUGGCUCUGGUUCUGCACACUUUCUUUAGCUGGCUGCUGAUUAUGAAGUUAGAAUGGGGUCUGGUGGGAGGGGCUGUGGUACUGAACUCGGCGUGGUGGUUCAUAGUGGUGGCGCAGCUGAUUUAUAUUUUUUGUGGGAGUUGUGGCAGGGCCUGGUCUGGGUUUUCGUUGAAGGCGUUUCAAAAUCUAUGGGGUUUCAUUAGGCUAUCGGUGGCCUCCGCAGUGAUGCUCUGCUUGGAAGUUUGGUAUUUCAUGGCGCUGAUCCUCUUUGCUGGAUAUCUAAAGAAUGCGGAAGUUUCAGUAGAUGCCUUGUCCGUAUGCAUGAACAUAUUGGGCUGGACAAUCAUGUUUGGUCUUGGGAUGAAUGCCGCCGUAAGUGUAAGAGUUUCAAAUGAGUUGGGAGCAGGUCAUCCAAGAGCAGCAAGAUUAUCAUUAGUGGUGGCAGUGGUGACUUCAUUUAUAAUUGGUUUCGUAAUCUCACUCAUUCUGAUACUUACACGAAAUGACUACCCAUCUUUAUUUUCGAGCGAUACCCAAGUCGAAGACCUUGUUAAGGAGCUCACUCCGGUACUUGCACUCUGCAUUAUUAUUAACAAUGUUCAACCCGUUCUUUCUGGAGUGGCCAUUGGGACAGGAUGGCAAGCUGCUGUUGCUUAUGUGAACAUUGCAUGUUAUUACAUAUUGGGAGUACCUCUGGGUGUCAUAAUGGGUUACAAACUUGAUUUGGGGGUCAGGGGAAUAUGGUAUGGAAUGAUGACAGGAACAAUCGCACAGACGUGUGUCCUUUUCUUCAUGAUUUAUAGGACCAACUGGAGCAAAGAGGCCUCUAAUGCAGAAGACAGAAUUAAGAAAUGGGGAGGACACACAAAUACCAGUGAGAACGACGUGGCUGAAACAACCGAAACGUGAAAGUGCCAAGCAACGAGCCAGAGAGAUGUUCGCAAAUUAGAGGCCAUACCUCAUAAAGCCAAUUUUCUCCGACAUGCAAUGCAUAUGCUACUCCCAAGACAGCGAAGAGGUCUUUCUAUUGUUUGGCUUGAAAGUAUUUUUUUUUCGCUUUUCGUGGAAGAACUCCUCAUCAGGAGAAGCAAAAUUUCACAUCCUUUCACAAAAAGUCUCGUAUUGAGAUUGUCCAACUGUUCAAUCAAAAGAGGAAUGCAUAACGCCCUUUUACCA